AUUGAAACUGAAGUUCUUUUAGUCUGUAGCAAUGUUUGUUACAUAAGCAAACUUCAGUUUUUCCCAUUUAACAAGUGAUACAAUCUUGAACUCACUUUAAUAAUGUAGAAAACAGUCUAUGAUUGCUAAAGUUGGCAGCCCCUUCAUUCUCCACAUGUUCCUCCAUUGAUCUUAUCAUCAUCCAACUCAUACUUUAUAUUUCUAUUGCGUAUAGUCUGUGCCUCACUAGAAUGUAGUCUCCAAGAGGACUGGGAUUUUGAUUUCCAUCACCAAGAACAGUGCUUUGUACAAGGCAGUUCCUCAAUAAAUGAUUACCAAAUGAACGGAUUUGAUCAGCUUUAAGAUAAAAUUUUAUUUUGAGACAAAAUUCAUGCUAAGGUUACAGACGAUUCGUGAAAUGAGUGACUCUGAGGAUGAUGAUGUCCCCCGGCUGUCUUCCCACGCCUUAGCAGCCCUCCAGGAAUUUUAUUCUGAGCAGAAGCAACAAAGUGACCCAGGCGGGGAUGAUAAAUAUAAUAUUGGAAUAAUAGAAGAGAACUGGCAGUUGAGCCAGUUUUGGUACAGCCAGGAAACCGCUUUGCGACUUGCAAAGGAAGCCAUUGCAGCCGCGGGAGAAUGUGGCAGAAUAGCCUGUGUGAGCGCCCCCAGUGUUUACCAGAAACUGAGAGAGCUACACAGAGAAGACUUUUCUAUAUACAUCUUUGAGUAUGACAAAAGAUUUGCUAUAUACGGAGAGGAGUUUAUCUUCUACGAUUACAAUAAUCCAUUGGAUUUACCUGAAAAAAUUGCUGCACACAGUUUUGACAUCGUAAUAGCAGAUCCCCCCUAUCUCUCCGAGGAAUGUCUCAGGAAAACGUCAGAAACCAUCAAGUAUCUGACUCAGGGCAAGAUUCUGCUGUGCACAGACCACCAGAAGCCACACAAGGACCCGAAGCACGAAGAGACAUGAUCAGUGGAUGUUUAGAGAGAUCAUUCUGAUAGGGGCAUAGACCCAAGUCCAGGACAAAAUUAAGGCUGGGGCAGCCUCUUCAAAUUCAGUUUCCUCCUCUGGAACGCUCGUGUGACCUGGGGGCAUCAAACAUCCCUUUCGAUUCCAAACAACUGGGAUUUGUCUUUCUCUGCACCAUAGCGCGCACGUACCAACCCAUGUACCAACCCACGUACCGUCUGUUAAUGACGGGAGAACUGACAGUCACCUGAUGCUGUGAUGGUCAGACGGCUCAUCUGACAAAAUAUCUACCCCACCCCUACCGGGCAAGUCCCCCCAGACUGAAAUUUCCACUGUCACAGUAACACCUCUGGGCUACGGCAUUGUGACAGAGACACCUGCCUGCCCCCGCCUCUGCCUGGUCUGUGGGACACAAAACAUAGUAAGAAGGCGUAAGCACUGAUGGUUUUCAAAUCGUGGUUUUAUGACCAGUAGGUUUCUCUUAAAGUAGAAAUGAGCUACCAAAGGAGGGGACACGAUGCAUAUCGCACCCCGACACCCAGUAUUGUAGGUAUCGACGCCAGCAAGCACCGUGGAAGACAAAAAGCUCAAGACAGACACAUUGUGAAGGACACUAGUUGGGGGAGGGAAAAGAGGUCAGGAGAAAAGGUCUGGAAGCCUCAGAGGGCCAGGGGACAGACACGAAGCCAAAACCUGUCACCCCAACCUCCUGCCUCAAGACUCUGAGGAAAUUAUCAGCUUGGAGUGCUUCCUGGUUAAGGAAAGCCGCCACAAAAACGAGACAGAAGAAACUCCAACAGGGAUCCUUUGCUCUUACCAAACAUGGAAAUGCAAUCCAGCAAGAACCCCGCACGGCUGUCUUGCCUCCUCGUAAGCAAUAAUUCUUUUGUCUUCACAUUUUCUGCAUGCUGCUCCGUGGAAGCUUGGCACGGGAACAUACUUGAAACAAAUCAAGUUUUCCCCUCUGACGGGAUCCAAAAGUGUCCCUGGGGCCACGUGUGAAGCUUGGCUUGAGCGAAUGACAGCUGGCCCGGCUUAAUCCAAGAACAAAGGACAAGUCCUCCAGGGAUGAUUAGAGGUGAUUGAAACUGAGCUUGGAGAGGAAUGUAAGUGGCAGAGGAGACAGAAAAGAGCACUGCCCCUGGGACCCUGAACUCGGUAGGAAACAAUUCGAAGCGGUUCCGCGAGGACUGCCACCGGGAGAACAAUGAGUACAUUCCAGCAGACAGAACCACAGCCACGUGCUGCGCUCUAUCUGAUGCCCAAGUAUAGCCGUGGGAUUUACUGGCACAAACCGGCCGGCACGGCUCACCUUCCCGCUUUGCGAAACAGACUUAUUUUGAUCUCAAAACAGCAGAGGCCCAGUACGGUUGCUUCACAGCCGUUCCAAGACCCCAAACCCAGGUACAAAGUGGGAGAAAAUGCCUUCUCCAGUUCAGACUGGAGACCCACAAGGGCUGAAAAGGUGUAAGUGCAAACGAAAUUGCCUCAGGGGUCAUGGUUUGCCAGAUCGUAAGGUCAAUGAGUUCAGCUCAAUAGACGUUUUUUUAAGGGCGGGAUGGAGUCAAUACGAGACUUGAACCUAAAAUGUCAGCCCAGUUUAGUUACCGACAGUGACAUUGGGCAAGUCAUGGCCCCUGCCUGGUUCUUUGUGGUUGAGUGGAUGGGUCUGAUCCAGGCUACUUCCCCGAACUUCUUGAUGGCAGGACUAUUAAUGUGGUAUGUUUUAUCAAUGUCUUCUGCUUCGAAAGGACACCGUAAUCCAUGGAGUUUCUGAGAUACCAGAGAAUUCCCCAAAUUAAUCUGGAAAGUCAGUGCAGUUCUAAGCAAAAUCCCAGUAGAUUUUUCUUAGAACUUGACAAGCGGAUCCUAAAAUUCGUACAAAGAGAAAAAGUCCAAGAAUACUCUAGACAAUUUUGAAGAAGACGGGAGGGGGACUCGCUCUACCAGAUAUCAAGACCUUCUGAAACCACGGUAAUACAAAGACAUCUGGCAGCCCUCAGGGAAAGCUGAGGAUAAGCAACUUCCCUUCCUGAGAGCUAAGAUUCCUCUGAAAAAUACCCGUCUUUCUGCCCGGGAGAUAGGCAAUAGAGAGAAGGCAGAAGCAAGAAUUUCCACACCGUGGUUUUCGGACCACCUGCAUAAGAACCACGUGGGAGUCUGUUAAAAACACAGAUUCUCACACUUGACCCUUGAGUCAGGAGCUCCACAUGCCGAGAAGCUGCCCAAGUGACUCGUCUUGCUCACUUGAAGUGGGGACACCGACUGACCGUCAGCAAAGUCAGCAACAUCCCCGGGAGGUGGUUAGCCAUACGUAGAUUGACUGCAUUGACGGCAAACAACCGGAUGAUUGCCUUUUCCCAAAUUUCAUGAUCCCACCAGUUGCAGGAGUCUUAACUAAUGCAGAAGGUCACUGUUCACCCAACAAGCAGUUGGCAUUGUAGAGGAUGGUGUGCAGAUCUCACUUGCACUUCGCCGGAGACACACAAAAGAGCUUCCGGAACCAGUGAUCACUGUUCCCCCACCCCAGAGAUCUGCAAUUCACGGCCCCGGCGUGGGGCCGGGGUGUUGGUAGUUUUUUAAAGCCCCCUAGAUAAUUCCAAAAUGCAGCCCUGGCAGAGGCCAUUACGUCUCCAGGUCUAAGAGAGAUAAUGAGUCACUGAGAUGGGGUUUGUGUAACCUUCCAACCUUGCCUUUUCCCUUUGGAACCAGCCCCACAGCUGGGAGGGGGUGGUUAUGAGACCAUGGGGGAAAGAAUGGUGCGUGACGAGGCCCAGAGCUGCUACUGGGGGUGGGGCUCUGUUCGCCCGCCAGGGGGUAGCCGGGGUCAUGAGGACCACAAACAGAUUCCCUCCACUGGAAAGCUGUGGCCAGCAGCCUGAGCUGCACCCCCGCCUCCAUUCCCCGAGGCCUGAGAGGGCCAAGAUCUUCAACGCAUGCUGCCAAGGAACUCUGGAAAAUGCUCUUCUGGCCCCUCCAGGGAAACAUCAGUUGUGCAUUUCUCCUGAAAGAGGACAUGGAAAAAAUGGGCCCGCGAGAGCAAAGUCUGACCUGGCACCUGAUGCCGGGAGUCAGAGCCCCAGCGGGCUUCACCUGGCCCUCUUCGCCGGCCAAGGAGAGUUAGGGGUCAGCCCUGCCCCUGUGUGGGGACUGAGGUUAACUUCGCUGUGAUCCUGAACUUGGCAUCGGGGUCGGCCCUGAAGCCGAGCCAGCGAGGCAGGCUCCAGAACUGACCCGGCUCUCCUGCCAACCGGGCUGGCUCCGGGCCGCUGGGAACCUGGAAGGGCUCCGCCUGUCCGUCUUCUCCCUUUAUUCAAGGAGGAAACUGAGGCACCCACAGGGCGAGGGGCUUGUCCAAAGUCUUCUGCUCACCUAGCUCAGCCCCUCGCACUGCCCUGCCCGCACAGGCCAGCUGCAGCGGCGCAAGUCUGCUCUGCAGAGGGGAGAGGAGGGGGGUAGUCGGUAAACUAAAUCUACAACCAGAAAAUCCAUUGACGCCACGUAAAAUCUGCUCAUCCGGGCGAUCAGGGAAGCCUGGAGAGACAGUGAUGGCUUGGAAAAGAAUGUGGAAGACAAUUUAGAGAAAAAGCUUUCCCAGAGGAAGGGGGAGAAAGGGAAAUCAGAAUGAGGGCCAGAACUGCUCAAAGGGUUUCAUUCUUUUGUCACGGCAGAUGCCACACAUUCAGUGCAGCUGGGAAAUAUCUCUUCAAAGGAAAAACAUAGCUCAUGCCCACGGGGUGGCUUAACUAUCUGCAGAAUUUGGGUUCAAAGCCAUCUUUGAUGUGUCCGUCCUUGGGGCAGGCGAAGCUCCUGCGUGCAGAAGGGUGGCGCCCACCUUGAUCUGAAACGAACCAGCUGUUGCCAUUCAUUGGUCACGAGGAAUAAUUUAUAUCAAAACACUAGCUUAGACUCUGUUUAAUUCUGGAAGAGUCCUCAAGUAGAUCACUCUCUUUGACCUCAUUAAUUUGGUGAGCAGGGUACUGUCCUUCAAAAUCUUCAUGUGUCAUUUCUGGAAGACAAACACCGUAAGGAAUUUCACUUCGUGGUAUGUGUGUUCCUUCCAGGACUUGGCUCAAUGUUUCUGUUGGUAUUAACGGUACAGACAUUUUAUCCAGGUGAGGAAAUUUGGAAGAGGUGACGAUGGGAUGAAAUAUUAUCAUCAUCCCUGGCUGCUCGCAGAAUGCCAGAGCAAAGCCCGGGCAGUUGAAGAAAAUAACUAUCAAAGCAAAACCACGAGCGCAUCUAUUUUCAGAAAGACAGACUUUAAUCCCAUGACAAUGCUCCGUGACAAUGCUCUUAUUUUUACCCUGGGAAGCAGUGAUAGGUGCAGUAGAGCCUGCAGUAUUGAGUAGCUCGGAGAAAAAAACUCUACGCGGCACUGAGGCGAAUCAAAGGUCACUUAUCCAUAAAGAGCUUUCUGGGGGGGAAACACCAACAUUUCUUCCACGAGGUGCUGCGGCUCCUUCUCUACAACACGGGGCUGGCUGAGCAGGGCACCCCCUCCCCCCGCCGCCUUGCCCGCUGUGACUGGAGACCCCCCGCCGGGCAGGAGGAGGGGGGGGCGCUGCUCUUGCCCUGUCCCCCCUCCUCCCCGCCCCUUCCCUGGCCCUUCCGGUCGUGCGCCGAGCGGCACCUGUGCCGACGCACCACGUACAGACACCCCUCGGAGGCGGACAGGCUUUUCUAGUUGGUUCUUAAGCCGUUCGAAUAACCGGAAGAUUUGAAGCAGGGACGCUGGAAAAAGUGAACUUGUUGAGGGGAAACGUUACGACCGAGACAGGACGCCCCCAGUUCCAAAGAUCGCCCGGGACAGGCCUCCCCAAGAAGCCAGGUCCCGGGCGCGGGAGACGGCGGGUCGGCGCGGCGCCGCCCCCUGUCGGUCACGCUGGGCGCGGCGGCACCGCCGAGGUCCCGGGCCGUGGCCCCUCCCUCCCCGUGGGGACCCUCUUAGUGCCGGGACCCAAACGUGCGAGUGCCCCAGGGGAGAGGGGCAUUUGAGAGAAAGAUGACAUUUUAAAAGGGGGCUGGGUGCAGCGGGGAUAACUUCAACAUUACACUCCCAACUUUUCUUUC